AUGAUGUAGUAAACAAAAGUCAGUAGAAAUAAUCAGUCGGCAUUCUUGUAUAGUAUUAAUAACAAUGGCGGCGACCGCAACAAACUUGGUCGAAAUUCAAAUCGAGAGUUUUGUUCAUAAAAUAUUGAAUGUCACAUUUUUGGAAGAGGCAUUUGGUUGCGUUAUUGUUCACGAGCUAAACGCUGCGACUACAAAAGUUCAGCAUUUGACAGAGCAAAUGAUGAAAGUUCUGUCUGGUUUGACUGCAGAUCAAAAAGAAAACGCUUUCCGAAGUUAUGUUCUAUUAGUAGCGGCUGAAAAUAAUUUGGUACACUUGAAAUGGCUUUUUCAAGUGGUCGUACAACUGGUAAAUGCAAAUGUAAUUACAGCCAGGAUGGUGUGUGAACAGAUUUUAUCGUGUGACCGAUUAAUCCACCAAAAUAAGAACUUUUGGAUCGCAUCAUUUCAAUUGAUUCGAAAAAUUAUCAAUCUUGUGGAUUACAAAGGUGUUCGGGAAAUAAUGAAAGGAUGUCGCGAUAAGAUUCAAUCAUUUCCAUACAACAUCAAUUCAAGUAUUAUGCCUCAAAUGAAAGCUGUCGAAAGCGUUAUUGAACAUAUAUUUGAUCGGAAUGCAUGCCUGUUGCCUGCCUACUUCAUUGCCAAUGAAAUACAAAAAUCGGGACCAUUGCAUUGGAAAAUUUCACAGUUGACUUGCAGUUUUGUCGAAGAUUUUAGAAAUGUUGCACAAAUGAUUUCGAUUAUUGGACACGUGCACAUGCUGCCAAUUGUUGAACAUUUCGGCUACACUGAAUCACUGAUCAAUCCUUGGAAAUUGGACUUGAACACACUGAAAUUUACACAUCGCGGAAUUUUACCAUACGAUCAAGAAUUGUAUCAACCGCAGAAGAAUCUUUUGAGAUAUGUUUUAGAGCAACCAUAUUCAAAGGAUAUGGUAUCGACAAUGUUAAACCUCCCAAAACCGAAUAAACAACACAUUGCCGCAAUUGAAGAGCAAUUAGUCUGGUUAAUUAUAUCAGCGAUGGAACGCACAGAAGAGGAACCUCUUAAAAGCAAUGACAAUGAAGACAGUUUUGACAGCAUACAUUGGCUAUGGGCACAUAUCUCCUCACAAUUAAUCUAUUUUGUUUUGCUUCAAUACGCAAGUUUCCCAAACAUUGUUAGCACUUUGCAUGAAAAGUUGACAGUGAAAAAUCUUCGAAAAGGUCGAGACUACUUAAUGUGGUCACUUUUACAGUUCAUCUCAGGCAGUAUACAACGUAAUCCGGUAUCAAACUUCAUGUCAGUGUUGAGUUUAUUUGAUAUGCUCUAUCCAGAAAAGGAACCGCUGCCAGUACCUGAUUGCACCAAAACUUAUGCAACACGACAGAUGGCUCCAACAUUUAUAUGGAUUCAUUUGGAGAAGAAGGCCAAAUCAGAUCGCAUAAAUUUACAUCGUGAUGUACCAAAUUCGCUGAAGAAACACCAUGAAUUUUUAAAGCAUUUAAUGAUGACAAAUAGUCAAUUGACAAUGGGUACUGAUUUUACAAUUGUUUUACUAUGUAAUGCAUACUCAACAAAUCCAGACUAUUUCACACGACCGAUGGCCGCGUUGUUUGAAACCAUAAACAAAACACCUGGGGGAGCAACACAACCAACAGUACCAUUAUCAAUGGUUACGCUUGAUAGCUUGACAGUUCAUGCAAAAAUGUCACUCAUUCACAGCAUUGUGUCACACAUAAUAAAGGCUGCACAGUCGAAGAACACAGUUCCGGUUGGUUCAAAUAUGGCACCAGCAUUGGUUGAAACAUAUUCACGAUUACUUGUAUAUACUGAAAUUGAGUCGCUUGGCAUCAAAGGAUUUUUAAGUCAACUGUUGCCGACAGUAUUCAAAUCACAAGCAUGGGGAAUUUUACAUACUUUGCUUGAAAUGCUAUCAUUUCGAAUGCACCAUAUUCAAUCAUUUUAUCGUGUUCAAUUUUUGAGUCAUUUACAUUCAUUAGCAUCUGUACCGCACACAAAUCAAACACAAAUUCACCUAUGCGUAGAAUCAACGGCAUUGCGUUUGAUUACGGGCAUGGGUUCAGCAGGUUCGGCAGAAGUGCAACCUCAACUCUCCCGAUAUUUUGCUGAUUCAAAAAUACCCGGUAGUGUUGUAUCGACAGAAAGUGAAGAAUUGAAUCGUGCUCUCAUUUUAACUGUUGCACAUGCAAUGCACAUUACCGGUUCAGGUGUUGAAGAUCAAUCGAAUGCUUGGUGCAAAGAGUUACUUUCAUCGAUUAUGCAGCAUACACCGCAUUCAUGGGCGCCACACACAUUGCAAUGUUUUCCACCAAUCUUAAACAAUUUCUUCACACAAAACACCAUUCCAAAAGAGAACAAACAAUUAUUGAAGAAAUGUGUCGAAGAUGAAUAUCGUAAUUGGGCCCAAAUGACCAAUGAAAAUGAUGUCAUCACACAUUUCACUACACCAGGAACACCACCCCUAUUCCUAUGCGUUCUCAUUAAAAUGAUUUUGGAAACCGACAGUAUUAACGCGGUGGCAUAUAAAGUAUUGGAACGAAUUGGUGCUAGAGCAUUAUCAGCCCAUCUUCGAAAGUUAUGCGAUUAUUUGGCGUUCGAUUUCACAAUAUCUGGACAAAACAACUUAAACAUUAGCAAACUUAUUGAUGCAGUUAAUAGUUUAAUGUGGAAAUACAAUGUGGUUACACUUGAUCGACUUGUUUUGUGUUUGGCCAUAAGAACGCAGGAAGGGAACGAAGCACAAGUUUGUUUCUAUAUCAUUCAACUGUUAUUGUUGAAAUCAAACGAAUUUCGUAAUCAAGUGGUUGAUUUUGUAAGAGAAAAUUCUCCCGAUCAUUGGAAACAAAGUAACUGGCAUGAGAAGCAUGUUGCAUUCCAUCAGAAAUACCGUGAAAAAUUCUCACCUGAUGAAUCAGUUACGCAUAAUCAAUUGCCAGUGUAUUUCGGGAAUUUGUGUCUACGCUUUUUGCCUGUUCUCGAUAUUGUAAUUCAUCGUUUUCUGGAAGUACCAAUAAAUAGCGUAAAUAAAUCUCUAGAGAGCAUUUUAAGUCAUUAUGGUUGUCUGUACAAAUUUCAUGAUCGACCCGUUACUUAUUUGUAUAAUACAUUGCACUUUUACGAGCGUAAGCUCCGUGACCGACCUGCAUUGAAAAAAUAUUUGGUUAAUGCAAUCAUUGGUUCUUUGGCUGAAAUACGUCCACCAAAUUGGGUACUGAGUGAACAGUAUCAAACUUUUUUCCAAAAAGCUGAUAUCGAAGAGGUGCAUUGGCAACCAGACAUUUCUUACUAUAUUUCUCAUGUGCGACGUAUAGCUGACACAAUUUCUGGAAAAAAUGUAUUCUACAUAAGUGAUUGGCGUUUUAAUGAAUUUCCAAAUGCACCAGCGCAUGCAUUGUAUGUAACGGGUGUGGAGUUGCUGAGUUUGCCGGUGAGUCCAACGAUUGUGGCAAACAAUAUCAUUGAUGUAAUUGUGAAAGGAUACACAGUAAUUCCGCACAAUGAAAUACAUGGCUGGAUCAAUGUAGUUGGAUUGCUGUUGACAGCGUUACCAAAAUGCUAUUGGAGUGUCAUUUAUGAUCGAUUACAAGACGUUUUAAAGUCAGAGAAAAUGACCGAAUGGCCGUACCGCUUUUCACCAUUCGAAAUGUUCAAUUUUAAAACAGUGACUGAAGCAAUGAUCGAACGGAAAUAUAUUCUACUCUUGGCAGUGGCUCAUUCAAUUUUGCAUCAUUCAAGCAUCGGGCAAAUGGUCACAAUCGCUGAAUUUAUCAAGGAAAAGUUGAAACCACACGUGUUGAAAGAGCAUCAAUUAAUAUAUGUUUGCCAUUUAUUUGGACCUUUCAUGCUCCGGCUGGAUCAUGAACGCCCACGACUUGGUUACGAUUUGACGAAUUUAUUAUACGAACUGCUUGAGCAAGUUGACAGAAAUCAUGGGUCCGAACCAUUAAAAUACAUGGAUUCGAUUUGUGAUUUAUUAUAUCACAUAAAAUAUAUGUUUGUCGGUGAUAUGCUAAAGACGGAGACCGAAGUAAUCAUUCGCAAAUUACGCCCAGAACUUCAGAUGCGGUUAAGAUUCAUCAGUCAUUUGAGUGUUGACGAAAUUUCAGCUUCGUCUGGACAUAAGUAUAUUCCACAACCUCCGGUAGAGAUUUCACCACCACUCAAGACUUAAUUCCCGAUGUUCAGAAAAUAGAAAAUCAUUUUAAUUACCGUGUCCUUAUUUUUUGUAGUGAUUCUUAUUUCUUUCUUCACCAAAUAUAACAGCUCAACCACAGUUUACUCAAAAAGGAAAAUUUACUACGAAAAGUACCUCUGAAUUGUAUUGACAUUACUUCAAACUUUUAGAAUGUAAGCUUUUGAUACAGGCAUUGAUUUCAUACAAAAAAUUCCAAUGGUAUGAAAAAUGCGUCAGAAAUUAUGUGUAUCGCAAAACCAAUGUCAGAUUCUGUUUUCUCGUGAAUUCAAAUGUACAAAAAAAGAUAAUAAAUACAAAUACCUGUUGUGGAUCACAGUGCGGAAAAGUUCA